GUGUAUGAGUGGGUGUGUGUGUGUGUGUGUGUGUGAGUGUAUGAGUGGGUGUGUGUGUGUGUGUGUGUGUGUGUGUGUGAGUGGGUGUGUGUUUGUGUAAUGAGUGGAUCGUCUCUCUCUCGCGGGCGGCAGCAGGAUGAGUCUCCUCGCGCAUCGGUCGCGUUAUUAACGGAUUUCUGUUUCUCGCGGCUCAUUUGCGCUUGUGUUACCGGAUGAAUAAACUCGUGAUUAAACGACACUGAGGAACCGAGACUGUGAUCAUUUUCAUCUUCAUCUGUCAUCAUCAUCAUCUCUGUGACUGGCGGGAUUUCAUCAAGCGGAUUCUCUCGCUGUCGGACUCUGAUUGAUUCGGUGUGUGUGUGUGUGUGUGUGUGUGUGUGUGUGUGUGUGUGUGUGUGUGUGUGUGUGUGUGUGUGUGUGUGUGAGAGAGAGAGUGAUGUAAUCCCGCGGCUCUGACGUCAUGUUCGUGUCGGUUUGGUACGCGAAGAAGAUGGGCCGAAGAUUCAUCAGUAACGUGCGCAGAGCCAAGAGAGAGAGACAGCGAGUGAUGAUGAACGGCAUGGAUGGAGACGUGGAAUAUGAGGAAAUCACUCUUGAGAGGGGUAACUCUGGUCUGGGCUUCAGUAUAGCUGGUGGGACUGAUAACCCUCAUAUAGGAGAUGAUCCCAGUAUCUUCAUCACUAAGAUCAUACCAGGAGGAGCGGCAGCACAGGACGGCAGACUGAGGGUGAACGACUGCAUUCUCUUCGUAAAUGAUGUUGACGUGAGAGAAGUCACUCAUAGUUUUGCGGUGGAGGCGCUGAAGGAGGCGGGGCCUAUUGUACGACUCUACGUGCUGCGGCACAAACCGCCUGCCGAAAAAAUCACCGAUAUUAAACUCAUCAAAGGCCCGAAAGGUUUGGGCUUCAGUAUUGCGGGUGGCGUGGGUAACCAGCACGUCCCGGGUGAUAACAGCAUCUACGUCACAAAGAUCAUUGAAGGCGGAGCUGCACAUAAAGACGGACGGCUGCAGAUUGGAGACAAAAUUCUUGCUGUGAAUAAUAUGUAUUUAGAGGAGGUGAUGCAUGAAGACGCUGUAGCAGCGCUGAAGAACACAGGAGAGAUUGUUUAUCUGAGAGUGGCCAAAACUCUGUUUCAUCCUCAACAACAUCAUCAAGAAACCUACAAUCCACCUGACAUCACCAGCUCGUAUUCUGCUCAUAUGGACAUGUCUGAUUACCCACAAGCCCUCAGUCCCUCAUCUCCACGCUGUUACUCUCCCAUUCCUAAAGCCCUGCUGAUGGAUGAUGACAUUCCCAGGGAGCCAAGGCGUGUGGUGAUUCUCAGGGGUUCUACAGGUUUGGGCUUUAAUAUCGUGGGCGGUGAGGAUGGUGAGGGAAUCUUCAUCUCGUUUAUUCUAGCGGGCGGAGCAGCAGAUCUGAGCGGAGAACUCAAGAAAGGAGAUCAAAUAUUGAGCGUGAAUGGCGUGGAUCUGCGUCAUGCGACUCAUGAACAGGCUGCAGCGGCGCUCAAGAACGCAGGGCAGACAGUCACUAUCAUUGCCCAGUACAGACCAGAGGAGUACAGCAGAUUUGAGGCGAAGAUUCAUGACUUGCGUGAACAGCUGAUGAACAGCAGUUUAGUUUCUGCAGCAGCGUCAUUACGGAGCGGAAAGAGAAGCUUCUUCAUCAGGGCUCUGUUUGACUAUGAUAAGACGUUAGACUGUGGCUUCCUCUCUCAGGCCGUGAGCUUCAGGUUUGGAGAUGUUCUGCAGGUGUUUGACUGCAGUGAUGAGGAAUGGUGGCAGGCCGCAAAAAUCUCUACACACGGAGAACUGGAGGAGACCGGAUACAUUCCCAGCAAGAGGAGAGUCGAAAGGAAGGAGUGGUCCCGUAUGAAGACCAGAGGCAGAGACGUCAUCGGUGGACGCAGUGAAUACAUUGUAAGCUACGAGACGGUGACACAGACUGAAGUGCACUAUGCGCGUCCCGUCAUUAUCCUCGGGCCGAGCAAGGAUCGUGUUAAUGAUGAUCUUCUGUCUGAGUUCCCGGACAAGUUCGGUUCAUGUGUUCCGCACACAACGCGACCGAAGCGUGACUAUGAGAUGGACGGACGCGAUUAUCACUUCGUGUCGUCACGGGAACAGAUGGAGAAAGACAUUCAGAGUCACAGAUUCAUCGAGGCCGGACAAUAUAACAGCCACCUGUAUGGGACCAGCGUCCAGAGCGUGAGACAGGUCGCAGAGCAGCAGGGGAAACACUGUAUUCUGGAUGUUUCUGCUAAUGCUGUGAGGAGAUUACAGGCUGCUCAACUUCACCCCAUCGCCAUCUUCAUCAGACCCUCCUCACUGCAGAAUAUACUAGAUAUAAGCAAACGUUUGACAGAAGAACAAGCGAGAAGAGCUUUAGACCGAGCCAUCAAACUAGAGCAAGACUUCAUCGAGUGUUUCUCAGCGAUCGUGGAAGGCGACAGCUUCGAGGAGAUCUACCAUCAUGUGAAGUCUGUGAUCGAGGAACAGUCUGGACCGUAUAUCUGGAUUCCAGCAAGAGAAAGACUGUAAAACACACACAACUGAAGACUUCCAGAAGAGAUGUGAUGAGAGAACAUGUCCGGUUCACAAUCAAAAACCAUUGUUGUGGUGAAAUGUGAGCUGGACAUGUUCUUGACAGGUUGAAAUUUCAUGGAAAUCAGUGGGACUUUGUCUAGUGUGUGUGUGUGUGUGUGUGUGUGUGUGUGUGUGUGUGUGUGUGUGUGUGUGUGUGUAUGAGCCACUGCUACUGAUGACAACUAUGAUAAUAAAGUGUUUAUAUGGGUGUUUUCAUGGUGAUUGUGAGCUCAGUGAGUGCAACACAAUGUCUGAGGCAAUAUAGACAUGAGCACUGGGCACUUUACUAACACACACACACACACACACACACACACAGGAAACACUGACGUGUGUGUGUGUCUCAUUGUGAUGUGUCUCUAUAGGGCUACAGUUUACUUAUAAUAAACACUAAACUGCACAGGGAGAGAAGUGUGUGUGUGUGUGUGUGUGUGUGUGUGUGUGUGUGUGUGUGUGUGUGUGUGUGUGUGUGUGUGUGUGUGUGUGUGUGUGUGUGAUUAAGAGCAUUAGAUUUCUUCUUUUGGUGACAGAGACAUUUUAUGAUUCAUGUGUGUGUGAGAACUGUUGUUGAUGAUUAUUAAUAUACUGUAUAUAUAUGAAUAUUCUACAGCUGUACAUACAGACUCAGAUAAUAUGAACCAAUGGGGCUUUAAACACAUAAACACUGCACUUCUCUGAGCCAAAACGACCCAUAAUCCACCUCACUGCCCAUACAAACAUACAUGACACACGUCUGUCAUUCCUGUCAAUACACGCUCUCAGUCUCAUUCAACCAAAGUGAUUUCUGCUUUAGUUUGUGUGAAUAUGACAUUUAAAUUCAGUUUGUCAUUGACUUUUACACAUUUACACUCAUUGAAGUGGCGAGGGGAAACAGUCGCUCUAUAUAAUGUGAAAUAAAUAUAUUUCCUGUUGUAAACUAGCUCUAAAAUACUCA